GUUGGAUUGGAUGGCAUACCCACCCCAAUCUCAAACCAUACCCUUAAACCCUUUAACCCCUAUUUUUACGAACCCUGCUUUGUGCGAUAUCAACUCAGCCCUCUUUUGAGCUCAGAACAGUUAUGGCGGGCAGCUCUGCGGUAGCACGUAAAUCCCCGCUCAUAUCCCGUUUUGUGGGCUUUUCUCCUAGACCCAUCUCGCCUGCUUCUUACGCGACUCGAAUUCCGGCAAGCACAUAUCAGGUAAAGGAAUUUAAAAGUUGUUCCUUGUGUCACUCCUACGUGACGAAGCCUGUCGAAUCUAUUAAUGGUGGCGCUCUCAAAAGGGAUUUUAGUUUCUUCUGGAUUGGUUUGCGGCCAUUGGGUUUCGAUGGUUUCCGAGUUUCUGCGGUUUCAGGUGGUGGGUUAGAUGGAGCUGGCGGAAAUGGCGGUUCUGGUGAUGGGCAUUAUGGUGGUGGAGGUGAAGGUAGUGGUGGUGGUGGUGGUGGUGGUGGUGGUGGUGAGAACAAUUGGUCUUUUCUUUCAUGGUACUUGGGUCUUCUUGCAAAAUAUCCCGUGGCAACAAAAGCUGUGACAUCUGCAUUCUUAACUUUUGUUGGAGAUUUGAUCUGCCAGAUUGCAAUUGAUCAAGUUCCAUCACUGGACCUGAAAAGGACGUUCUUGUUUACUUUAUUGGGGCUUGUGUUAGUAGGUCCAACAUUACAUUUCUGGUAUUUCUUUCUGAGCAAAUCGGUUACUUUGCAAGGAGGAUCAGGAGCACUUUUGCGGCUUUUACUUGAUCAGUUCCUUUUUUCUCCUAUAUUUAUCGGUGUUUUCUUAUCUACAUUGGUGACACUAGAAGGAAGACCUGAACAAGUUGUACCCAAGCUUCAACAGGAGUGGUUUUCUGCCGUUGUUGCUAAUUGGCAACUUUGGAUACCUUUCCAAUUUCUCAAUUUUCGAUUUGUUCCACAGCAAUUUCAGGUCCUUGCUGCCAACUUUAUUGCUUUAGUUUGGAAUGUUAUUCUCUCGUUUAAAGCUCACAAAGAGAUCCUUCCGAAAAAGGUUUGUUAUAAAUACGAAAAGCAUAGGACAUGAGCAUCUUAUAUGUGUAUUUUCUUUCAAAAUUAAUUUGCAUAAUUAUGUACUUCAAUCUAUCACCUUUUACGUUUAAUUUUUUAUUGGGGUUGGGGGGAGUGGGCUAUGAAGUAAUGCUAGGAAUUGGCUAGAGACAUGGGGAUAUUUUGCCCGCAAGACAUUGUGUACUUUUAAGUGUAUGUUUUGCAUGUGGCCUCCACAAUCGCUGCUUGAAUACAAAUGCACAAUUUCUUCUUA